GUGAAAGUCCCAUGUGUUACAAAAAAUAUACAGACAUUCAGGUGUUUGCAAGAACCAAACCUAGACCAACCACCACCUUUGAUUCUUCAGCCGAAGAGUAUCUUGGAAACAUGCUGAGCUCAAUUAAAGGUAUCACAGUGAAUUACGAUGCAGUAAAUGAAGAGAAGACCUUCUCCUCCGGGGACAUGCUGUCCGGCCGCGUCCUGCUGGUGCUGUCGAAGGAGACCAAGAUAGAGGGUCUUCGGGUGAAAAUGAAAGGAAAGGCCGAGGUGCAGUGGAGCGAGAGACACCUAGGGGAAAAAAGAACCCGACACUACAGCUCCAAAGAGAAGUACUUUAAGCUGGAGCAACUGGUCACUGGUCAGGAGAAGGGUAAUGAGGUUGUCCUGGCUGCUGGGAGCCAUGUUUACCCGUUUACAUUUCAGAUUCCCCAAGGGAACAUGCCAUCUUCCUUUAAAGGAGAUCAUGGAAAAGUGAAAUACAAGCUGGAGGCAAAGCUGAGCAGGUCUUGGAGGUUACCGAGUAAUGCAGCAUCCGCGUUCACCUUUGUUUCAAGGCCAGAGAUGGGCGUGGCUCAGCUAAUGUCACCCCAGCAUGGCACUGCCACAAAGAAGAUGAAUCUCUUCACCUCCGGAAAUGCUGCCAUCAAUGUGAAUAUCGAACGGACGGCUUACUGGCCAGGAGAAAGAUUAAAGGUCACAGUGGAUAUUCAGAACAGCUCUUCUCGUGACCUCGCACCCAAGAUCGCCGUGGACCAAGUACAGUCUUUUUUUACUGACCGGAGGGGCAAAGUCUGUAAACAUCAAAUGCUGAAUCAUGUGGGGGAGCCAGUUCCUGCUAAUACAAAGAAGAUGCUCACGCAAGUACUGAGGCUCCCCCCAAAUCUGCCGGUCUUAAUAAAAAUGACGGCCGGGCGGUGCUUUUUGUCGGCGGGGGGGCGGGCGCUGAGGUCGGGCUUCCUUCGGAGCGCCGCACGCGCCGGCUACCGGCGGAUCCCUCCUUCGCCGCCCUGA